AGCGCAUUUUGAUUUUAAUGAACUAGAUAACUUCCUUAUUCAACAGAGUGAAACAUGAUCUGGUUGAUUUUGGGGCUAUGAAGAUAUACAAUAAGUUGGAGAUUUUUAUAAUAUUCUUAUCAUCGGUACACUUAUCUUCGACAUACGACCUAGGAGUUUGUUUCGAAGGAAAUCUAAAGUCCUGUUGCCCAGGCUACCAUCUAGUUAAUGAUGCAUGUGAAGUAUGUCCACCAGGAUCGUAUGGCAAAAACUGUUCUUUAGAGUGCCCUAAUGGGACUUAUGGUUCACUUUGCAAAGAAGAAUGUACCUGUGAGACAGGAUGUGAUAAAGUCAUUGGAUGCAUUAAGUCAGGUUUGGAGUCUCAUUCUGUAGCAUUAAGGUUUUGGCACACGUGAUUCAAUUUUGAAUAUAUCACUAUCAACACAUACGGGGUUAAAAAAAACGUAAAUUAUAUAUUGUCUUUUAUGACAAAUGCAUGUGCUGUAUGCUUGCAGAUAUGUAUCAUUAAAAGAUUAAAAGAUCUGCUUUUGUAGGA